CUUGUUCCGAUUGUAAAAUAACAGAACUGCCUCUUUAUCACUCGCAUGUUGUCAAAACUCACUCUGACAGAAGCUCAAAUCAGGGACUAGAAUCUAAGAGGGAGCUAUUAAAAAUAAAGAAGCUGGCACCCCAACUAAGACGACGAGCGAGUCGUGCGGCGGAGAACCUGGUCACCGAGGAGUCCCGAGAACAGGAAGAGAUGCCUAUGACAACACGCCUGUACGUCAUAAAGACGAAAGAACAGAACCGCAAAAAUAAGAAAAAAAUCGGCGAGGGAGAUCGGAAGAGGGUUACUUGUGAUUGUACCCGGAGCCUACUUCUCGCGGUAUUCAUAGCGGUGGUGUUGGUGUGCAUCGGAAUAUCCAUGUGUUUCAUUGCAUACCAUGCCAGCAGCUCCAUCAUGGGGCUGGGGAGUAAAGAUAUGCACCCAGGGGAGGCGGACAAGCAGCUGAGUGAGGGGGACUCGAGAAUAUACAAACUGCUCUACAACUUGCGAAUAGUGGGACCAAUUUUAAUGGGAACCGGUGGAUUCAUUAUCUUGUGCAGCAUUGUAGUGGCUUACAGGGACGAGAAGGAGAAAAAGGAAGUUGCUAGUGAGUUACUGAGUAGGAUAGACCCCAGAGGCAGUGGCAAUGUGGAUGUCAAUGGAGCCCCCUACGACAUAUACGAUUUGGCCAUCCGUAAGUAUCUGCAAAUCAGCGACGAAAAGACACGCAGGCGCAACACCCCUCAAGGCACAAUCACACUCCCCAAUGAAAAGAAAGAUUUGAGCAACAAAAACAGUGCGAAGACGUCCCCACGCACAGACACAGAUCGGAGCACUGGCCAAUUAGAGAGCAGGAAGAAUUCUAUGAAGUCUCUGGAGAAUGCCCUCAUUAAGAUAGGUGGACUGGUGCCUCAAGGCAUGUUCAUACGCAGGGGGUCGGAGGUAGCUCCCAGUCAGCUGCAGGAGAGCGAGGAUAUGGGCAGGACAGGUUCAGUGCUCAUUCCAAGAUCCACGCAGCAGACUAGCCAACAGAGCACUGUGGAAGUGAACAACUAUCCUCUGAGGACCACUGUCAGUUGCACUGUGGCCAUUCCCAAUAUGUCCAGAAACACAAACAACCCAGUCCAGUCAGAGAGUAGCAGCGAGGAUAGUAAUAAAUCCACACCCAAGAAAAACAAACGCCCCAACAGUUCUGUUCUCGAUACACCUCGCACUCAAGAGCAGACUCCGAAUCAGACAACAACGAAUAAGAAACAGAGCAAGAGCGAAGUGCAGAAAUCAGGAAAUGAAAAGAGCAGCAAAAGCAAUAACCAACCUUCAAGAGCAGCUUCAGGCCGAAUACCAGGCAACCGGAAGAGUGUUCCCUUGCUGGUUGUAAACGACCACAUUAAACAGACAGGCCAAAACCAGAAGAAGAUAGAGGAGUUGAAGAGAGAAGACAGCAGUGGGAGCACAGGUAGCGAUACAGGAGUGAUCCCCAAUGGAGCAAUGUGCCCCCCUUCCCCUUCCCCUUCCAUUAAUCAUACUGGAGGACUCAAUCAGCUCCCCAACAAGGCAAUGAAACUGACAGAAGUGUCCGAUUAGAAAACUAGAAGACUAGAGUGUUGUU